AUGAGAUAAUACGAUACUGGAGUUGAUCACUCAUAGCUAAGAGCAUAUGAUGAGAUUGUUUUUAAUAGUAAGCUGAAACGGAAUAGAAUGCAGUUCAGAAGCAUUAAUCCUAACAACAGGUAUUCACCUAAACAGAUAACUAGUAAUAACUCUACUAGUCCCUCAUCCAACUAAAUCAUCAUAAAAUCAUAUGAAAACAUUAAUGGCAAUACCUCUUUAUAAUAAAAUUAUUAAAAAGAUCCAAAUAGCAGCAAUGUAUAUUUCCAGUUUUAAACAGAUUUGAAGAUUCUUAAUAAAGAUAAGUCGGAUGAAGAUGAAUUGAUUCUAAUGCUAGGAGAAAAUAAAAAGCAGUCGUACUUAAAUAAAUAUGAAACCAAUAAAAUUACAAUUUUCCCAGUUGAUGAAACAAUUAAUUCGAGAAACAAUGAAAAGCUGCCAAUAUUGGGCAACAAUACUGAUAUAAAUGAGAUCAAUAAGAUGAUUAACAAUAAAUCUAUCAUAGUAGAGCCUACAGAAUUACCUUUCAAUGAUAUUGCAGAUGAACUUGAACAGAAAAUUAGGGUAAAGUUUAGUAGUUUGGCAGUAAACUAAAAUAAUAAAAAUCAAACAGGAUCCAACCAUUCAAGAAAAAGCAAAGCAAAAAAGAAUAAUUAAUAAGAUCUUGAUGUCCAUUUGCAUAAAAUGGUUAACCGACACAGAUACAUUGAGAAUGCAUUAUAUCUAAAGGGCCUUAACAAUGACUACAAAGUCCUCCAUGACGUUCAUAAAAUUGAGCGCGAUCUAGAGAGAAAACUAGCUUAACCAUCUCUAAAAAUAAACAAAGGCAAUGUACUUUCCUAGCUUAAGAAGAGCGUGUUUAAUAAUACAUUCUUGAUAAGAUAAAGAAAAGAGCAAGUUUAGCUGGAUAGUAAUCUUACUAGUAUGGGUAUUAACUUAGAUAUUUUUAGGAGUGCUGCUAAGCGUAUGUUACGAAGGAAAAAAUAUGAAAACAAAAACCAAAAUUUUGAUGGCAACUCGAGAAAAAGCUCAUCUGAAGAUGAACAGGUUUUAGGAGAUAGUCCUAGCUACAAGAAUUAUGAUCAAAGAUUUGAAAUAUCUAAAAGUAGGCUUAACUAGACGAGUCGAUAGUUUUUCGAUCAAACUUCUUCCAGAUUACAAACUAUAUGUAAAGAUAAUUAUAGAACAUCUAAAUAGAAGAAGAAAGUAGUAUUUUCAAUUGAUUUUUAGAAUAAUGUAAACGAUAAAAAUAACGAUGAUCUUGGUCAAAAUACAUUGAACAGGUCUUUAAGGUAGGAUUAAGAUGUAUUGCAUAAACUAGAUUUAAAAAUUAUGAGGUAACUUUAGAAUAAAAGUUCAAAUGGACAUACGAGUAAGAAACCUCAAAAACUUUCAUUGAAAAGGAAGCAUACAAAACUUUCAGAAGAUUAGGAAAUUUAAAAUGAAAGUAGAUAAGUUAAUAGGUUGCUUUUGAAGACAAAUGAUCAGUUCUUGUAGAAAAAGAUACAAACAUUUUACAAUUAAUGA